AUGGCUAUCUUCAGUGCGUAUGAACAUCCAGUUCUUUUUGCUUUAGCUGUGGCUUUGGCUUCAGCCGGUUCUGCUCAUCUUUUAUGGUUACUUAUUGAUACGCGAAUUAAUUUCAAAAGACCAAGUGAUAGAGAAUGUACAAUGUACUCUAUCUAUGUAGCAACUGGAUGCAUAGUUCUUUCCUGGGCAUGUAUCUUCUUAGGACAAGCACGACCUAUCCUAAGUCCUUAG